CCUGAUUGUGGUAAAGGCUUUAGUUACAAUUCCCACCUGGUAAUACACCAGCGGACUCACACAGGAGAGAAACCCUUUGAAUGUCCUGAUUGUGGUAAAGGCUUCAGUUACAGUUCCAGCCUGGUAAUGCACCAGAGGACUCACACAGGAGAGAAACCCUUUGAAUGUCCAUAUUGUGGUAAAGGUUUCAGUAUCAGUUCCAACCUCGUGAAACACCAGAGGACUCACACAGGAGAGAAACCCUUUGAAUGUCCUGAUUGUGGUAAAGGUUUUAGUAUCAGUUCCAGCCUCGUGAAACACCAGAGGACUCACACAGGAGAGAAACCCUUUGAAUGUCCUGAUUGUGGGAAAGGUUUUAGUAUCAGUUCCAGCCUUUUGAAACACCAGAGGACUCACACAGGAGAGAAACCCUUUAAAUGUCCUUAUUGUGGUAAAGGUUUCAGUGACAGUUCCAGCCUUUUGAAACACCAGAGGACUCACACAGGCGAGAAACCCUUUGAAUGUCUUUAUUGUGGUAAAGGUUUCAGUAAGAAUUCCUGCCUGGUAACACACCAGAGGAGUCACACAGGAGAGAAACCUUUUGAAUGUCCUGUUUGUGGUAAAGGUUUCAGUUAUAAUUCCAGCCUGGUAACACACCAGAGGACUCACACAGGAGAGAAACCCUUUGAAUGUCCUUAUUGUGGUAAAGGUUUCAGUGACAAUUCCAGCCUUGUGAAACACAAGAGGACUCACACAGGAGAGAAACCCUUUGAAUGUCCUUAUUGUGGUAAAGGUUUCAGUGACAGUUCCAGCCUUGUGAAACACAAGAGGACUCACAGAGAAGAGAAAUCAUUUGAAUGUCUUUAUUGUGGUAAAGGUUUCAAUAAGAAUUCCAGCCUGGUAACACACCAGAGGACUCACACAGGAGAGAAACCCUUUAAAUGUCCUUAUUGUGGUAAAGGUUUCAGUAAUAAUUCCAGCCUGGUAACACACCAGAGGAUUCACACAGGAGAGAAACCUUUUGAAUGUUCUGAUUGUGGUAAACGUUUCAGUAAGAGUUCCGGCCUGACGAGACACCAGAGGAUUCACACAGGAGAGAAACCCUUUGAAUGUCCUUAUUGUGGUAAAGAUUUCAGUGACAAUUCCACCCUGGUAACGCACCAGAGGACUCACACAGGAGAGAAACCUUUUGAAUGUCCUUAUUGUGGUAAAGGUUUCAGUAAGAAUUCCAGCCUGGUAACACACCAGUGGACUCACACAGGAGAGAAACCUUUUGAAUGUCCUUAUUGUGGUAAAGGUUUCAGUAAUAAUUCCAGCCUGGUGACACACCAGAGGAUUCACACAGGAGAGAAACCCUUUGAAUGUCCUGAUUGUGGUAAAGGUUUUAGUAUCAGUUCCAGCCUCGUGAAACACCAGAGGACUCACACAGGAGAGAAACCCUUUGAAUGUCCUGAUUGUGGUAAAAGUUUCAGUAACAAUUCCAGCCUUGUGAAACACCAGAGGACUCACACAGGAGAGAAACCUUUUGAAUGUCCUGUUUGUGGUAAAGGUUUCAGUAAUAAUUCCGACCUUGUAACACACCAGAGGAUUCACACUGGAGAGAAACCCUUUGAAUGUCCUUAUUGUGGUAAAAGUUUCAGUACCAAUUCUAGCCUGGUAACACACCAGAGGACUCACACAGGAGAGAAACCCUUUGAAUGUCCUUAUUGUGGUAAAGGUUUCAGUAACAAUUCCAGCCUAGUAAAACACCAGAGGACUCACACAGGAGAGAAACCCUUUGAAUGUCGUGAUUGUGGGAAAGGUUUCAGGACCAAUUCCAACCUGGUGAGACACCAGAGGAAUUCCAGCCUGGUAACACAUCAGAGGGCUCACACAGGAGAGCCCUCUGUAUCAAUUCCAGUCUGUUUCGUUAGUAAUUCUCACCUUGUGAGAUACCAGAGGACUCACACAGAAGAGAAACACUUUGAAUGUCCUGUGAAAAAUGUUUCAGUCACAAUUCCACUCUGUCACAAUUCCAGCCUGGUGAGGAACCAGAGGACUCUCAAAGGACAAGCUACAAUGAAAAACUGGGUGUAUUUUCCUGAGAUUUUUGGGUAA